AUGGCUCCUUCACUUGAUGUACCAGGCUCAGAUCAAUGUACCCUUAACAAGGCACUUAAAAUGGCUCCUCAGCUCGUCGCGCCUGAGCCAGAACACUGUCCGGGCCCAGAGUCAGAGACAGCGGGCAAAGCUGACUCUUGUGCGGGCUGUCCCAAUCAGAAAAUUUGCGCAUCUGCUCCCAAAGGACCUGAUCCAGACAUAUCAGUGAUAACCGCUCGACUAUCUGAAAUUAAACAUAAGAUUCUCAUCCUAUCCGGGAAAGGCGGAGUUGGUAAAAGCACCUUUACUACGUUACUUGCUCAUGCAUUUGCAUGCAACCCCGAUAGUCUGGUAGGUGUUAUGGAUACAGAUAUUUGUGGUCCAAGUAUCCCAAAAAUGCUAGGCGUGGAAGAGGAAAAAAUACACGUGAGUGGGGCGGGAUGGAGCCCUGUUUGGGUCUCUGAUAACCUGGCUGUAAUGAGUAUACAGUUUAUGUUGCCGAGCAAAGAUGAUGCAAUUAUCUGGAGAGGCCCUAAGAAAAACGGUCUAAUCAAACAGUUUUUGAAAGAUGUUGAAUGGGGGGCUCUUGAUUUCUUAUUGGUAGAUACUCCACCCGGAACAAGUGAUGAGCAUCUUAGUGUCAAUUCUUUUUUAAAAGAGAGUGGAAUCGACGGAGCCAUUCUAGUGACAACACCACAAGAGGUCUCACUUCUAGAUGUGCGUAAGGAAAUUGAUUUUUGCAAAAAAGCAGGGAUUAGAGUUUUGGGGAUAGUCGAGAAUAUGUCCGGAUUUGUUUGUCCCAAAUGCGCGCAUCAGAGCGAAAUAUUUCAAGCUACGACUGGUGGAGCGCGCCAUCUAGCUCUAGAAAUGAAUAUCCCGUUCCUGGGUGCCGUACCUCUCGACCCACGUAUUGGCAUGUCUUGCGAUUAUGGUGAAAGCUUUUUUGAUGCUUGGCCAGAUAGCCCUGCAUAUGUGGCACUUAACGAAGUCGUCAGACGGAUAGAAGAAGAGAUUGGUCUUCUGGUAGAAAAAUAA